AUGUACAAGUCUCUGCAGAACACUUUCCUUGGCCUCGCGCUCCUCACGUCGUCGGCCCUGGCAGCCACCAGUGAUCAAUGGCGAGGCCGCAGCAUAUACCAGGUCAUGACCGAUCGCUUUGCGGUGGACGAUGGAAGCACCACUGAGGAGUGUGACACCAGUAUGGGCACUUACUGUGGCGGCACCUUCAACGGCAUCCGACAGCGCUUGGACUACAUCCAAGACAUGGGCUUCGAUGCCAUUUGGAUCUCUCCGGUCACGAAGCAAGUCGACGGCGACGAGCCCGGCCAGGCAGGCUACCACGGCUACUGGCAGCAAGACCUGUACGCCAUCGAACCACACUUCGGCACGGCCGACGACCUCAAAGCUCUCUCAGCAGAGCUGCACGACCGUGGGAUGUACCUCAUGGUCGACGUUGUCGUCAACCACUUCGCCUGGAAAGGAGACGUCGACAGCAUCGAAUACAGCAAAUUGAGUCCCUUCAACGACGAGUCAAACUACCACAACUACUGCGAAAUCAACUUCGACGACUUUAGCGAUUGGGACCAAAUUGAACAAUGCUGGCUCCCGUCCGGCCAAGUCCCCCUCCCCGACCUCCGCACCGAAGACGCCGACGUAGCGGCGGGCUACAAUACGUGGAUCUCUGAGCUCGUCUCCAACUAUUCCAUCGACGGCCUGCGUCUUGACACUGUCAUGGAGGUCGACAGGUCCUUCUGGGCCGACUUCGUCCAGGCCGCUGACGUCUACAUGGUCGGUGAAGUGGCGUUCGGAGACCCAGGCACCGUCUGUUCCUACCAAGACCACCUCCCAGGCAUGCUGGACUACGGCACCUUCUUCGACCUAACCACCGCCUUCAAAUCCCCCUCAAACAGCAUGUCCGACCUCGCCGACUCCAUCUCCUCCGUCCAGGACAAAUGCGCCGACUCCACCCUCCUGGGCACCUUCAGCGAGAACCACGACCAACCGCGCUUCCCCUACCUCAACCCGGACCUCGCAGCCGCCAAGAACCUCAUCGCCCACACCCUCCUCUCCGACGGGAUCCCAAUAUUGUACGAGGGGCAGGAACAACACUUCUCCGCCUCCGGCAGCGACAACGGCGGCAACGACCCCUACAACCGCGAAGCAGUCUGGACGUCCGGGUACGACACCGACGCGGAGCUGUACCAGCUCGUGACGAAGCUCAACGCCGCGCGGAGCGCUGCUAUCGCGGAUAACGUCGCGCGUCCGUACCUGCACUACCAGAGCGAGACCUUGUACGCGGACGACUCGACGCUGGCGACGAGGAAGGGCAAGAUGGUGACGGUGUUGACGAACUGCGGGAGCGAGGGGGAUAGUUAUACGGUGGAGUUCGAUGCGAAGUACCAGCCGAACAAGAAGUUGACGGAGGUGUUGACUUGUGAGACGGCGCAGGCGGAUGGGGAGGGGAAGAUUGAGGUGGAGGUGACGAAGGGGGAGCCCAAGGUGUACUAUCCGACGGAGAGGCUGGGAGGGAGUGGGGUCUGUGGAAACUGA